ACCAUUUCGCACCCGCUUUACCUCAUGUACGACGACGACGGGACCACGGCGGACCAGAAGAUCGACGACGAUAGAAACGCGAUGGAGACGGACGGCAUCGGCGGCGAGCAAGUCGUCGCGGCCACCGGGGGCAUUGGCGUGGGCGUCGGGAUCGGGAUCGGCGGUUCCGGGGCCGCAGGGGCGGGCGGCGCCGGUUUGGCCGGAUACUGGCAACACGCCACCAGCGCGCCCCUGCCGCAUUGUCCCUCGUUUCUCGACUGCUGGGCCAUGCCGCCGAUCGCUUUCGGCUCGCAGACGCUCUCUCUGCCGCGGGACGAGAACUGAGGUCGCCCGGAUGUCCUUGAACAGCGAUCAGAACGGGUCGGUUGCAACACGGAGAGAGACUGAGUAUCCUUAACUUUAUUUCAUUCGCGUGUCGCGGUCGAGCUGCUGUUGCUGCGCCGGGUGAGUUUGGUUGAAAGGUUGUCGGAGUUUUCGUUCGUUUUGGAGAUUUUUUGAGUCGUGUAUACAGGGUGUCUUGGAAUUAUGGUGUUUGCGGGAACUGAGGGGUUCCUCGGGCGAUUUCGAGCAACUUUUUCCUUUGCGAAAAUGCUCUACGAGGCUUCGUUCACGAGUUAUUCAGGAGAAACGCUGGCCAAUGGGAGGUCGCGUAUGAUCGUCGCCCCACGCCCAAGUGACCACUGCUGGUGAGUCAGACGGCCGGCGCGACGCGGCAAGGGCGGAGCGCCGGUCGCAAUUGCUCUCCGAUUGGUCACCGUUUUUCGUUGAUAAUUCGUUAACGAUGCCUCGGAGAACAUUUUUGCAAAGGAAAAAGUUGCUUCGAGUCGCCUCGGGAAUCUAUUAUUUCCUGGAAACACCAUAAUUUUGGGAUACCCUGCAUAUAUAUACAGGGUGUCCCAAAAUUAUUAUAUAUAUAUAUAUAUA